UUAGCCUGAGUUAAAAUAAAAAAUAAAGCCGCGCCCCAAUUCUCAGAGCGAAGAAAAAGGGAGCGCUUUGGGUUUUCUCCAGGGGUUUUCGCCGAGGACGCGAACCCAAUUCCACACAACCUCGGAUCGGUCCCCGAACCCCUUCCCCAAACCCUCCCUCCCCGCAGUUCUAAUCCCCCUUUACCUCCCAGAAAAAUCCCUCCUUUCCCGUCAUCUCGCUCUCUCGUGCGUCCUCGCCGGUCCAUCUUUCAGCCGGAACCGAUCCCCUUCCGGCCGCCGCCGAUGAGCGCCGGUUCUAGAAGAACAGAUUCCUCGAUCCCCUGAUGGUUCUUUCGCUGUUUAGGGUCUCGUGUUUUUGAGGAAUUUCUCAAUUUUCUUUCUUGGGGUCUAGUUCUUUAGCAUGGGCGACCUGCAGGCCUGGGUUCCGCAGCCGAAUGGCGCGGCCGGGGACGGCAACCCCCAGCCGCCCACGGUGCAGCCGUCGAACCCCCACCCGUCGGCGAUCAGGGCCGAGAGCUGGCGGCGGGCCGAGCAGGCCACCCAGGAGGUGAUACAGUGCAUCCAGCCCACGGUGGUCUCCGAGCAGCGGAGGAGGGCCGUGGUGGAGUAUGUCCAGAAGCUGAUCAGAGGGUAUCUGGCCAUCGAGAUUUUUCCAUUUGGAUCAGUUCCACUGAAGACAUAUCUUCCUGAUGGAGACAUUGACCUGACUGCUGCUGGCAUUCCUGAAGAUGCUUUGGCCAGCGAAGUGCAUUCUGUUCUUGAAGUUGAAGAACAAAAUAAGGAUGCUGAAUUUGAAGUGAAGGAUGUGCAGUACAUUCAUGCAGAGGUCAAACUUGUGAAAUGCAUUGUUCAGAAUAUUGUAGUAGAUAUCUCAUUCAAUCAGAUAGGCGGACUCUGCACACUUUGCUUUCUUGAGCAGGUUGACAACCAAAUUGGAAAGGAUCAUCUCUUCAAGCGUAGUAUAAUAUUGAUCAAAGCUUGGUGUUAUUAUGAAAGCCGCAUUCUUGGUGCUCAUCAUGGUUUAAUUUCUACAUAUGCAUUGGAAACUUUAGUGUUGUGCAUCUUCCAUUUCUUCCAUAAAUCUUUGGAUGGCCCUUUAGCGGUUUUGUAUAGGUUUUUGGAUUAUUACAGCAAAUUUGACUGGGAUAACUACUGCAUCAGUUUACGUGGUCCAAUUCCUGUUUCUUCUCUUCCAGAAUUAGUAGCUGAGCCACUGGAAACUCAAAGGGGUGAUUUACUGCUUAGUGAGGAAUUUCUCAAAAACUGUGUGGAUAAGUUCUCAGUUCCUCCAAGGGGAUUAGAGAACAACUCUAGAACGUUUUCUCAGAAGCAUCUAAAUAUAGUUGAUCCACUAAAAGAGAACAACAAUCUUGGAAGGAGCGUCAGCAAAGGCAACUUUUACCGCAUUCGUAGUGCAUUUACAUAUGGUGCCCGAAAGCUUGGGAGGAUACUUCUACUACCUGCUGACAAUAUUGCAGACGAAGUCAAAAUGUUCUUCACAAACACAUUGGAGAGACAUGGAAGUGGCGUAAGGCCUGAUGUGCAAGAUGUAUCUCCCAGUCCUUCAGACAGGACAAUGAUUGAUUAUGAUGGUCUUGGCUUUAUGUCAUCAGACUUGAAGGUUGAAAAAGGCAAUGACGAUGAGUUAAUUUCAGGUUUACCAACCACUGAUUCUUAUGGAGCACUGUCUGAGAAAAAUAAUAAUAUCAAGAUUUCAGUCUUGGGGCAGGUGCAUGAAACCGGAACACAAUUAAGCAGACAUCCCUUCAAUCAGCAUCCAGAUACAAAUUGGCUGCAGAAGUGUACCAAGAUAGGAUCCAACGGUCCCUUGGAGGGCAAUGUUGUUUCAGGUAAACGUUUGGCUGGUGAUGCCAGAGAUCUUGCUACCAGCAGAGCCUCUGAUUCGAGAACUGUCAGUGGAACUCGUAAGGCUUCGCCAUCUAAUAGUGAACCAGGUUUUUCACCAUCUGGAAAGGCUUAUCAUGCGCCCCAUCUGUCCUUUCAUUCUGAAAAUGGUGUUCCAUGUGAGGUAAUUGAUUCCAUGAAUUCAAUAAAUCUUACUGCAACAAACAAAGUGUUUACAACCAGGGCUCCAGCCCCUUCUGAGGAAUUUAGACGGUCAGACUUCUAUGAGACCGAGUCAUCAAGAAGUGGUAGAAGCAAUGUAAUCUCUGCAUCUGCUGGUUCAGUUGAUGGGCCUAUGAAAUCAAGUUGGAAUACGUACUCAUCAGAAGAUUCGCAUCUUGCAUACCCCUUGACAGAAAGAAAUCAGAGAAAUGGAAAUAACAGAAGUCCAAAGUUGAAUGACUUAUCAGAUCUCACUGGGGACUAUGAUUUGCAUAAUAGGAAUCUUCUAUAUGUUCAGGAAUAUCAAGACUUUGUUAUGGUCACGCCUUUUAUUCCAAUUCAACAACUGUCCCCUUCCCAGUAUCGUAACAAAAACUCAUGGAAUUCGUUUCCUCGGCGGAGUAUGUAUACACAUAUGGGUGCAAAUGGGGCGGUCCCUGGGCCACCAUUUUCUCCUCCUGGUUGUUACCUGAUCAAUUCACCUAUGAUAUCUACUGCUUAUGGCAUGGAAGAUCUCCCAAAACCAAGGGGAACAGGGACAUACUUUCCCAACACGAGUUUGCGUUCGUACAGGGAAAGACAAUCAACAAAAGGAAGGAAUGCAGCACAUGCAAAUCACCAGCCAAGAUUCCGUAACAAUGGGAAGGUGGAAACAUCCACAGGCAUGAGCUUAUCAGAGGAGGGCAGUCAUGAACCAUCAUCACAAGCGCAGGUUACCAUCUUUAGUAGAAAUGGACGUGGGAAGCCAGCUACCCUGGAUAUAUCCCAGUCUUCACGCCCUGCCUUGAAAGGUAGUUCCUGUGCCAAUGGCUUUGUAUAUCCAUCAGAAGGAAAACUUGCAUUUGGAUCCUUUGGUCCUGUUCCAGUAGAAGUGUCCUUACUGGAACGAGGCAGCAGAGUGGAAUCUUUCAGUACUCAGGGUCAGGGAUAUGGACCAGCAAUCCCUGUAUCAACAGAGAAGAAACCUGGAAUGAGUGUAAGGCGUGAAAGGCCAACUCAAUCAUAUCAGCUAAAAGAUGAGGUCGACUUUCCCCCUCUAACCAGCUAAGCUGAGUGCAGUGGAGUGUGUUUAUUCCAUACAUACAGGAGAUAGAAUUUCGUAGGAAGAAGUGAAACUAGGAAAUGCUAACCAGUUGGAUCGUACCUGCUCGAGCAGCAUUGCGGAGGUGUACAAAGGAGUAUUUUCUCUGAUUGUUGUGAUGAAUUAGCAUUUUGUACAUUGUAAUAACUUUUCUGUUUUCCUAACCCUUAACCUCAUCGGCUCGGUGGGUAUAAACAGGUUGCCCAAUUUUUACCCCUUUCCAGCCCGUUUUCCUCCGCUGCAGGUGGUGAAAGCACAUGUUUGUUAUCAGUUUGUUACAAUAGAUAUUCUUCCUGAGGGAAUCAGAGUGAUGCGUUCCUAUCAUACCUUUUAUUAUGGCAGAUUUCGUUCUGGUUGUAAUUUUGAGAUCAGUUGCUCUCACUCA